UAAUGUAAUUAUUAUUAUAAGAUAUUACUAACUAGACACUAUUGGUAAUAAUGCUCUAUUAUUUUAUUAUUGUUUUUGAAAAUUUUCUUAAAUGCCGUACAUUAAUUGGAAAUUUCUUUAGAAAGAAAGAAAAUUCUAUUUUGGUUUUGCAUUAUGCAGUAGAAACAAAAGUCGAGAAUAGGUCCUGGUUUCAUUAUAAAAGCACAAUGGUUAACCCUUUUCCUUCAUAUAUAUCUUCCACAAGCCAAAUAGCCAAAUAGUACUUCAUACCCAUGGCUUCUCUUACUUUUAAUCCACCAGUUUCAAUCAACACUACUUCAUUCUUCUCACCCAGCUCAGUCGUCUCUCGUAACAAAUCACAUAAUAACCACUUAAUUCCCAAUUACCGUAGAAAAAGCUUUGUUUGCAAUGCCACAAAAGAUCAAGACCAUGACCAAAGUCAUAAUAACAAAGAGCAUCCAAAGUUUGAUAGGAGAAACGUGCUCAUAGGCCUAGGAGGGCUAUAUGGAACCACCAUGACAGGGCUGAGCUCCAAUCCCUCAGCCAUUGCUGAUCCAAUUGCGCCACCCGACUUAUCGAAAUGUGGGCCGGCCGACUUCCCAGAAGGGGUGACACCAACCGAUUGCUGUCCACCAGUAUCUACAAAGAUCAUUGACUUCAAACUACCUUCGGUGAACAGAUUGCGCACGAGGCCAGCAGCUCAUGCAGUGGACGAAGCUUAUAUUGCCAAGUACAACAAAGCCGUACAGCUCAUGAAAGCUCUCCCGGAUAGCGAUCCUCGUAGCUUCUCACAACAAGCCGAUGUUCACUGCGCCUAUUGUGACAACUCAUACGACCAAGUUGGUUUCCCAAACUUGGAGCUACAAGUUCACAACUCAUGGCUUUUCUUUCCCUUUCACCGUUAUUACUUGUACUUUCACGAGAGAAUUCUAGCCAAACUUAUAGAUGACCCCACUUUCGCUUUGCCUUUCUGGAACUGGGACUCCCUCCCCGGGAUGCAGUUGCCGGCGCUUUACGCGAAAGUUAACUCGCCCCUUUAUGACCCGCUCCGAGACCGUUUUCACCAGCCACCGACAAUGGUUGACCUUGACUACAGCCCUGCAGAUGCUGGUAUUCCCACCACCAGUAACGAAGAGCAGUUAAAGAUCAAUCUUACUGUUAUGUACAGAGAAAUGGUAUCAAACGGUAAAAAUGCUCAGUUGUUUCUGGGUGAGCCUUAUAGGGCCGGAGAUCAGGCCGAACCUGGACCGGGUUCUCUGGAGUCCAUUCCUCAUGGGCCGGUCCACUUGUGGACCGGUGACAGCACCCAGCCCAACUUCGAGAAUAUGGGAAAUUUCUACUCGGCUGCUCGUGAUCCCAUUUUCUUUUCCCACCACUCAAAUAUUGACCGAUUGUGGAGUGUGUGGAAAACUCUUGGAGGAAAAAGAAGAGAUUUCACCGACCCGGAUUGGCUCAACUCCGCGUUUUUAUUCUACGACGAGAAUGCCCAACUGGUUCGGGUCAAGGUCCGAGACUGUCUCGACACAAGAAAGCUCGGGUACGUGUACCAAGAUGUUGACAUUCCCUGGCUUAACACAAAGCCAACCCCACGCCGAGCGAAGUCAACCAAAGUGGCGAGCCGUAGAGCAAGUGGUAGAGCUUUCGGAGCGGCUCUUGCGGCGGAGACGGUUACUUUUCCGAUCACGGUAGAUAAGGUGAUGAGUACAGUUGUGAGAAGACCUAAGAAGAGUAAGAGGAGCAAGAAGGAGAAGGAAGAGGAAGAGGAGGUGUUGGUGAUUGAAGGUAUUGAGUAUGACCAGAAUUUAGUGUUGAAGUUGGAUGUUUACGUGAACGACGAGGAUGAUAAGUCGCCGAGUGGACCUGAGAUAUCUGAGUUCGCUGGAAGCUUUGUUAACGUGCCACACAAACAUGUGGGUGUGAAGAAGGCUAAGACUUCUCUGAGGUUGGGCUUAACUGAUUUGCUUGAGGAUUUGGAGGCUGAAGAUGAUGAGACUGUGGUCGUGACUUUGGUUCCCAAGGUCGGAAUUGCCACUGUUUCUGGAAUUAAGAUUGAGUUUUUGUCUUGAAAUUAAUUAAAGUAAUUAAUUCCAGUAGUACUACUUUAGUUUCAUCCACGUGGAUUUAUUUAUAUCAACGUAUGUGAGAAUUAAAUAAAUAAUAAUAAUGCAUAUGUAUCAUCGUACUCUAUGAAUUUAGUUUUACUAUCACUAUCAAUUAAUAAAUAUCAAAGUAAUUUUCUUUCAAUAAGACAAUUAGUCUCAACUUGUUCUGUAA